AUGGGCAUAUACUUGUUUAACUCUAGGGAGAUCAGCCUCGGUGCCUGUUUAGCCCAGCUCUUCUUCAUCCACUCGCUUCAGUGCAUUGAAUCCUGUUUGCUGUUGUUCAUGGCCUUUGACCGCUUCAUUGCAAUUUAUAACCCUCUGAGAUAUGCUUCCAUCUUAACCCUGCCGAGAAUAACCAAGAUGGGACUGGUGGCUGUGGUAAGAGCGAUGGUCAUAAUACUUCCACUUCCCUUUCUCCUGAACCGGUUCCAAUACUGUCGAGUCAAUGUCCUCUCCCAUUCCUUCUGCAUGCACCGGGAGGUCAUGAACAUGGCUUGUUCGGAUAUCACAGUCAGCAUCAUCUAUGGUUUGUUUACUAAACUCUUAACAAUGGGGUUGGAUUCACUACUCAUCUUCCUCUCUUAUGUGAUGAUCCUCAGAACAGUGCUGCGCAUCACCACCUACAAGGAGUGCCUGAGGGCCCUGAACACCUGCGUCUGCCACCUCUGCACCCUGCUGCUCUUCUACACACCAGAGAUCAGCUUGACUGUGAUACACAGCUUUGGGAAGGACUCUUAUCCCUUACUUCUGAUUCUCCUCGGAUACAUCUCCCUGUUUCUCCCACCAAUGAUGAACCCAAUUGUGUACAGCGUGAAAAUCAAACAUCUUCGUGUGAAGAUAAUCAGGGUAUUCAUGAAGUGA